UAAGGGAGGAAGAGAUAGAUAGUAAGGGACAGAGAGAUAAGCCUAUAUCGAAUUGUCUGUAAGGAGUGUCGUAACUUCCUAACGUGGUGAAACUAUUCUUUCAUUUAACAAAGGCCUUACUACAACAAUUACAACAACAAGAGGGCCCUUUGUUUUGUGUCUAUUUAUAGGGAAGAUUUUGCACGUCAAACGUUCAUUUAGCCGUAUCACUUUCAUGGAUCAUCACGAACAGCUGAAAAACAGUCACGCUGCCGAGUGAUUUAUUGACACUUAAGUUUUAUAAAAGGAGAAGAAUCAAGAUUUAGAAAUAAUUCUACUAGGCACACAUUUCAUUGAAAGUCACGCUGUUGGAAGAUCGACAAACUUUUUUUGAAACAAAAACUUAAGCAGACGACAGGACAUCGGCCAUCACAGCUUCCCUUUGUUAUACAGAUAUUGUUGAAUAUUAUUCUUGAAUUUUGAAGAAAGAAAACAACGAAAGUUUUAGAAGCCGUUGAUUUAUGGUGAGAAUUUAAAACCCCGUUCAAAGGUUUACAAAUAUUUUUCUGGAAGACAUCUGCAGACGACUAUGAAAUCGGCUAUCAUCGCUAUAGACAUAUUCCACGUUUGAAGCCUUAAGUUUUCAAGAACAACAACUGAACGAAUAUAUAUGGUUGAAAGACCCGCCACAGACACAGAAAAUUUCCUCAUUGAAUAUCAGUCGACACUUACGCCUGACAUUAACAACAAAACACUUCAACACUUCAUUUGUUUUGUUGCUAUCGUGUUAACGACCGUGCAUGUUUAUAUGUCAGGUUUCGAAUAACAUUAUUUACACUUUUUUACAACAACAAACUCAUAUUUCCGUUAUCUUUUGAGUGAAACAAGUGUUUUAUCGACCGUUACACAUUUUGUUUACGUCUUUUCGUACAAAGUGACGCCAAUCCCAUUGAUAAUUAUCGUGACAAGUGCGUUAAAUAUAUACACUCAAAACAUACGACAUAGCUAAAAAGUGUUUUAAAGACUCGUCGCUUCUAUUCUAAGUUAAAUAAUUUAUUGUUGAAGACUCAUUCGAAACUCAUCUUCAUAUUUUAUUUCUAAGUUUUAUAGACAGGCCAAACCAUUGAACACGUGGACCUUCCAUAAUCACUGUCAACCUUUUCAUUAUAUAUAUUGACAUUAUAUUAUAUUACAAACAGUUCAGUACGACAUGUCUUCGUCGAUUCCACUGAAAGAGUUCGCCGAGGUGUGGAGCAGUGCAGCAAAUCUCUACGACAAGGGUAAAUUCCUUGAAGCUGCCCAACAAUUCGAAACGGUUGCAGCUGAUAGCACAGCCAAAAUUUCUUAUAAUCUCGGCUGUAUCUACCUGAAACUGAAACAACAUGAGAAGUCCUUAGAGAACUUUCAAAAAGCAGUGACCAAGGAUACACAUUUUGUUGCAGCCUAUGUGCAGAUGGCUGCAAUUUACUUGGAAUAUAACAUUUGUGAUGCUGCAAUCAAGUGUUACCAAGUAGCUAUACAUUUGAUGGGUAACAAGAAAUAUAUCAACUACCGACCUCUGGGAUUGAACCUAAUUUUAUAUUUGACAGAGGCUCUCCACAACCAAGCUGUUGCUGAAUCAAAAGUUGACAAUUGGAAACAAGUAGAGAUCUUAAUAAACAUGGCUAUCAGUGCUCAACAGGAGGACAAAUUUAACAACAAACUUAAAAUAUCUUUACAGGCCAUCCAGCAAAAACAACAGCCCCAACAGUUUCCCAUUGGAACUGGAAUCUUCCAUCCACCCAAAUGGAUGAUAGAAAGUACGAAGAAUGUCAACUACCUGGGAGAUUCCAAGGUUAUUUCGACCAACAACAAUCCCUUCUCCAUGAAUGAAUCCAAUUCAAGAAGCAAGUCAUCAAAUGACGAGUUAUGGCCCAAUCUCAAGGAACGAGAAACAGGGCAAAAGAAAGAAAUGAAAACUGUGAUUGAACUGCUAACGACAAUAACGUUAGAUACAGCAAUAAAAACUGUUAAUUCGAAACAGAAAGAGAGCAAUCUUGGCACAGAUGGUAAACCGCAACGACCACCAAGACCACAAUCCAAAUCACCACCACUUCGACCUCCACUUCCACCAAGAAUUUCCGAGAUCCGUAAACUUCCUAAACUAUCAACUAACAAUGACCUGAAAUCUCAAGACAAUACAAAAGCGCCCCGAGCUGAAUACAAGGAAGUUGGUCGAACUGUGUUUGUGAAAUACAGCCUCCUAAGCAGCAACCCUAAUAUAUUGACGGUCAGACAAGGCGAUAAAAUUGUAGUAAAAGCAUUAGGGGCUGACUGGUUUCAGGGCUGUUUGAAGAAUAAAAUUGGUCUGGUGCCUUGGAACUGUAUUCACCAACGUUGACACCUUAACAAAGACACUUUUCCUAAGUGACACACAUCUACUCUGCUGUCUCCACAGACAGACCAACACACACUGCCCACUUUGUGUUACACAAACACAUUUAUUCAGGAAGAGACAAAAGUCUCAAUUUUGAAAAAACAAAAACUUUUAUUUGGCUGAUUAAAUAUGAUCACAUUCUACAAUAAUUGUUAAGUUUGGGUGCAGGGAAGGGAGGAAGGGAGGAGGAGGUAACGAAGCAAGGUACCUCACAAUAAGUUACAUUUCACAUUGAAAUACUAAGUACAACAAUGUACUACAUGUGAUUACAUAAUGUACAGCAAUGAAGCUCGCAUAAGAUUGUGUGGUACUGUGCUAUGUACCUCUUACAUGAAGAACAGCAGUGUACCUCUUACAUGAUUGAACUAUAAGGUGCAGCAAUGUACCCUCAAACAAAGACAAGCUAAAUACACGUUUCAAACAAACUGUUUCGCACAAUAAAGGAGGCCGUGGGCGGGGGGGAAGAAAUACCUGAGUCAAGGGAAACAAUUUUUUGGACUGUUUACAACCGUUACCAUAGCUACAAGCCUGCGUGUUAGCUGAGCUAUGUGUAGUUCAAUACCGAAACAAGAAUCGAGUAUAAGUGAGUAUGUUGUAGCAUCGUGAUGUCAUGGAUGUCAUUCAUUGCCAUCACAGCGGAUAUUUGCCACUAUAAGCCGACUGAAACACUCAGAUUUCAUACCUCCUCCUCCUCCUCAUUAACUGGUCAAUAUCAAAAUCACAACGACACUAUUUGGAAUUGAACCUGGACCUUACGGCAGUGUUGGCCGCAGGAAGGAUUCAGUCAUGUCCCCAUAGACGUUGCGGUAAGAUGUCUUCAGGAACUGGACGUAAUUCUGCAAACUUCGAUUUGUGCUUUGUGACUGUUCCAGCCGGUCCUUCAGGUCGUGCAGCCGAGAAUUACAUCUGCGAUCGUUCUGAAACGAAAACAAAGU